AUGUCGACCAACUUUUCCUCGUACAACUUCUCCUCCUCCCCUACCCAGGGCCAGCACUCUAACCAACACAAAUACUCUUCGGACUUGCUCUUCGACGCCUCCACGGACGUCCAGGUCCCAUCUCUCCAAGACUUUGAGCUCGACCUCGACUCGCUCGACUCGCUCGGCGCACUCCCGGAAGACAAUCCGUCGCUCCAGCAGCUCUUCAACUCCAACCCGGACCCAUACGGCCCCAUCCGCAACGUUCAGGGCACACCAUCGGUGUUCUCUGACUACGACGCUCAAACGGUGUCUUCCGUAACCGCCUCCUCGUUCUACUCGGCCCAGCCCUUCCAUCUGCCUCAGCAGACCCUCGGGUAUAAUCCGCUGGCUACUCAAGCUUACCCUCCCACGCCCUCGUACAACCAGUUCGUCGAUCCCCUCAUGGAGUUCCAGAACGUGCGCCUCGGCUCCGACUACGGCCACCCCCAUCCGGCACUCGCCUACGCCCAGCAGCAGCAUCACCCCCAGAUGCCUUGGAACAAUCGCAUCGUGCCCAGCCCGCCGCGCUCGCCCCACCAUCACCAUCACGCCGUGCAGCGCGCCCGGUCCGAGUACCAGCCCGCGAUGCCCCGGCACAUUCCGAGGAUCCAAUCGAGCAGCUCCAGCUACAGCCCCGAGCAUCACCCCACGCGUCUGCCGACUGUCCCCCACGUGCCCGCCAUCCUCUCGGUCGAGGACGGCGGCGACAUGGGCCACCUCGACUCGCGCCGCAAGCACCAAUGCCCGAACUGCCCGCGAGCCUUUGCACGCGCGUUCAACCUUAAGACGCACAUGGAGACGCACAACCCCAACCGUGCCAAGCCCUAUGUUUGCCCGCAUAGGUCCUGCGCCCGCUCCUUCUCGCGCAAGCACGAUCUCCAGCGCCACCGCGCAGCAAUCCACCACGACCAGUCGUCGGCAUCGAGCGUGAGCCCGCCCGCGCCGCCGUCUUCGCUCCCCGAGACCGCCGCCGUCAAGGCCGAGCCCGCUCCUCAACCCCGCCUCACGAGCCAUUCGCCCGCCGGCAGCGUCAGCAGUCUCACCGGUGCUCAGGGUCGCAGUGGUACCAAGGGCUACUGCAACGGUUGCGGCAACACCUGGUACGGCGACAAGAUCUGCGAGUGCAAGUCCUAG